AUGCAGAAACUUUUGAACAACGCAAAAAUUCGUUUAAAUAAUAUGCGGCUGCACGCAACUCAGAUUAGAGUCGCAGAAAAUUCCGAAGAACGCGAUAUUCGUUUAAAUUCUAUGCGACUUCACGCGACUCAGGUGCGAGCAGCAGAGAGACCUGAACAACGCGAAAUACGACUUGAGAAUAUGCGGUUACACGCGACUCAGGUACGUGCACUAGAAAAUACUGAACAACGUGAUACACGUCUUAAGAGUAUGCGCUCACAUGCGAGUCAAGUAAGAGCUGCCGAAACUCCCGCUGAACGCGUUGCCCGAACUCAGAAUAUGAGAGUAUAUAGUUCACAAUCUCGAAGAGCUCAUAGAGCCAACAUCGAAACAUUUCAAAAAACUAUAAAUACAUUUUGUGAUCGGAUAUGCAUGAUUUGUACAAAAAGAUGCUAUACCAAUCAAGUAACAAAUUACAAGGUCCACAUCAUUAAAGCUGCAUAUUUGCCUCAGGAAUUAGCAUGUAAAACAACUUUGCUUUUAUGUCAUCGCUGCAAUAAACACGUUACUAGUAAUAACAACACGCCACCCUCCAAAGCAUACUGGAAUAACUUAGAUCCAGGUAUCAUUCCAGAAGUUAUUAAUCAGCCUGAACAGCGUUUGUUAUCGAGAAUUAUUCCGUUCACAAAAGUGGUUAAGUUUGAUGGAACAUUUGGUCAAUACGGUUUCCGAGGACAAGCAGUGCUCUUCGCGCAAGAUAUUUUUGAAGUCACGGAAAAAUUACCCAAUAUGCUUCCUCGAUCUACCGAUAGUAUUGGUAUGAUUGUAGUUUCCGAACAUUUGCAAAAUCUCAAUAUUACACGCGAAUUUCCAGUAUCGCGAACUAGGGUUUACGAGGCAUUGCAAUGGUUAGUUACUAACAAUCCGCUGUAUAAAGACGUAGUUGUGGAUUCAGGUGUUCAACUUCAGGAACAGGAUUUGAUACGCAUCGUUCCGCCAAAAGUGAAUGAUACGAGGCGUAUUGAAGGCCAAACCGAAACUGAGCAUAUACGUGAUACUGCAUUUGUAGCUAUCAGUGCGUCGUCUCGUAUAUUACGUGCCUCUUGGCAUCAAGGAAAUGAACAAAUAUUCCAUUUAUAUCCUGGUAUGCAGUGUUGCGCGAUGGUCAUUGCUAAUAUUGUAAGAGCUGCAUUUGUUGAUCCUAACUCAUGGACAAAUAAUAUUUUAAAUGAAAAUAUGUUGGAGGGUGAUAAUAUGUAUGCGACAAUAAGGCGACUGUCGAUGAAUAAUGUACAAGCUCCUCCAAUAGAUGAAACAGGAUAUUUAGAAAUACGUCACUUGGAUGUUAUAAAAAACAGAUUCAAAAUGUACGACCGACAUUUCUCAAUUCAAUAUGAUGAAGACACAAACUUUUAUGGUAGUUUACAAGACUCUGCUAAUGUAGAUGGUGUAGGUAUGACGCUACGAAACGCUUUAAAUAACAUGUUUUCGGAGUAUACAGCAGGUGCUUUAAUUACUGGUUCUUAUACAUUUGGAGUUAUGAAUAUUGCCAACAAAUAUUAUUUCACCAACUCCCAUUCAUGUGGCCCUAAAGGCGCAAGUGCUUCGCGGGACAAUGGAAGAGCCCGUGUAAUACAAUGCGAUACGCUUGACGAACUUAUUCGACGAAGUUCACUCUUUAGUUCAGGUAGCACAAGAGCCGUUACAAACGGCUCAGCUGCAAAUAAUGUAAACGCUUCAAUGAACGAAGCAGCCAGACUUGAUUCAAGUACCACCACACAACCUGUAAUUGAUCAAAAUUCUAAUAAGUGCUCAAAUAAAGAAGGCGUUGGACCUAACACAGUUUCAGGAUUUAGUGAUCAUUUAGAGAAUAUUCCUGUCCAAAGUUCUUUACUGGCUCCGAUUGAUACCAUCCAACCAGUCGAAGAGGAAGAGUUAGACAUAUCAACUGACUUGAAUAAGAUUAGCAGAAAAACAAAAGAUAACAUUGUUAAUGAAGCUCACGAACGUAAAGUGGAAGAGUUUUCUUGGUUUUUCUUAUUUCCGUAUGGAAUCAAUGGUUUGAAUGAAGCUCGACCUGUGAAAAUAACUCCUCUUGAUUACUUUCAAUUUAGAAUUUUGGGCCAGGAUUCGAGAUUUCAACGAAACGAUUACUUGUUCUACGCUCUAUCAAUGUAUGAGUACUAUAGACUUAAGUCCACAAUAGCUGCAUGUUGUAAGAAGGUUAAAUGCCAGGAUGGUAAGGUAGAAGAUGUUCAUCUAUAUCUCAGAAAUUUGAGGGGGUCGUCAGCAUAUUGGAAAACAGCUUUAAAUGAGCUUUUAGCGCAAAUUCGUUGCUUGGGACCGCCGACUUACUUUUUAACGUUUAGUUGCAACGACGUUAAUUGGCCAGAUAUGCGCAAAGCUUUGCUGAUCGCUGAUGGACGACCAAACGACAAUCCAGAUGACUUGAAUUUGAUACAAGCACAACGACUAAUAGAGAAUUAUCCUGCUAUCGUAAGUCGUCAUUUCAUGAUCAGAGUAAAUGCUUUGAUGAGGUUCUUACGCAGUGAUAAUGAGGUUCUUGGAGGUCCCCUAAAGGACUUUUGGUGGAGAAUCGAAUUCCAAAAUCGUGGAAGUCCUCAUCUUCAUAUGCUCACAUGGAUUGACGGACAUCCAUCUUUCGAUACUGAAGAAGGAUUGCGCAUCCUUGACCAAGUUUGUAAGUGUGAAAUGCCACCACAAAAUUCGGAUUUGUACGAGCUGGUGAAAAAAUACCAAGUACAUCGACACUCGCAUACUUGCUACAAAAAAGAUGAUACUUCUACCUGUAGGUUUGGGUUUCCACGAGCUGCGUGUGACGAGACAAGAAUAGUCGCUCAUUCUUCAGAAGAAUUUAUUCGAAAUGGGGGCAGAAUGUGUUUGCUCAAACGUCGACCCGAAGAAAAAUGGGUUAAUAACUAUAGUGCAACUCUUUUGAAAAUUUGGCAGGGAAAUCAUGAUAUUCAACCCUGUGGUUCAAGCGAAUGA